AUGUCCAUCCCAAACACCCUUUUGAUUGAUGAAAGCAUCAAGAAGGCCAAAGCAAAAGGAGCUGCUCCAAAAUUGAGAUUGCCAGUCACCAUAUCAUUGCUAAACAAAAAUGCUCUUAAAAUGGGCUAUUCACCUACUCAUUAUCUCUAUAAUUCUGAGAAGGACAAGUUUUGCAAGCUUGCAGUAGAAGGUCAAGGCAUACUUGCAAAGGUCUUUGUUCAGAAUGUACAACAUGGUGUCUCCUUUCCUCCUCUGACUCCCCACACUGAAGUCAUGCAAUACUCUGGGUGGAUACCCAUUCUGGAAGAAGAUUUAUUAGAACCAACAGAGUUGUUUUAUAAAAGUAUAACCAAAGGGCUCUCAAAGAAAAGCACACCAGUUGGAGGCUUGAAAUAUUCUCAGAGAGCCCCUGAGAACUGGUAUAUAGUACUCAACCCUGCAGCAGCUGAAAGAUAUGACAAAUGGAAGGCUGGUGAUACUCUAAAAUUAUCUCCUGUCAAGAAUGGAAAAGGGAAGAAGCAUGAAGAAUCAGAACUUGAUUCAAGUACCACCUCAGUCAACCUAUCUCAGUCACUGCAUGGUAGCUUCAAUAUUUAA